UGGUCCUAAAAUACUAACAUUUUGAUGAUUGUCUCACUCUCACUUUGUUCUUCUCAGGGCUGGGAAGUGACAGACUCCACGGAUCCAGGUUCACAGAGACCUCAGCAGCUCCUGCCUCCGCUGCCUCCAGGCUGGGAAGAGAAGGUGGAUAACCUGGGACGGACAUACUACGUCAACCACAACAACCGCACCACACAGUGGAAGAGGCCCAGUAGUGUGGAUGUGGUUUCAGAAACGGAAAAUGAUAAUCACUUGCGGCAGAUUAACCAGGAAGCCCACAGAGUUUUCCGCUCUCGACGGCACAUUAGCGAAGACCUGGAAAACGAGCAGCUGGACAUCAGGGACAUAGACGACUCAUGGGAACCCAUAUCAGAGGAGGACCCAACUUUAAUGACGGACAGUCUGAACCAUUCUCUGUCUGGACCGGCCUCUCUGGCAAUGCCCCUCCCUAGCACUCCAGAAUUCUCAGAUGAAAUCAGCCUUAGAUUGUCUCUCGCUCCAGACACGAACGGAGAAAUCCCAGGACCCAGCUCUGCUGUGUGGACAUUCAGGAAGUAG